AUGGAGUGUAAAUUGGUUUGCAAACCUUGGAGAGAUCUUAUUCAUCUUCCAUCCUUCUCUCAAAAGCACCUGAAUCAUCUUAAUUCUGCUAGUGAUGAUGAUUCUGGAAAGUUGAAUUUUGUUUUCUUACAUGGUGUUAUCAAUGAUUUUUCUUAUGAUGAGUAUGAUGAGAAUUCUGAUGAGACACCCUUCGGUAGAAAAGAAAGAAUGAAUGUAAACCUACCAUUUUACGAGCAUGCUCCUGGUUAUUCUUUUGCUGGUUCUUGCAAUGGUUUAAUUUGCCUCCACUCAUUUCGUAAACAUAUUUAUGGACCUACAUAUAUCUUUAAUCCAAUUACCAGAGAAUAUAUAAUUUUUCCAACAUCUAAAGAAAAUUACUGGUGGACUGGAUUUGGCUACACUCUUUCCACCAAUGAGUACAAGGUUGUUAGGGUAUAUGCAGACUCAAAUGUUCAGGUAUACACUCUUGGAAGUAGCACUGGAUGGAGAAAUUUGGGAACGAUUGACAUGAAUGUGGAAACGUUUAGAAAAGAUGCUGGUGCGUUUGCAAAUGGUGCUCUUCACUGGGCAGAUAACAAAGGAACCAUUCUUGUUUUCCAUUUGAGUGAUGAAAAGUUUAGAAAACUUCCACCACCGCCUUGGUUCACACCAUCUGGUUAUUUAUAUUUUCCUAUUUCACUAGGGGUUUUUGGUGAUUUUUCGAGUGCUACUUAUUAUCGCUAUUCUUUUUCUGGUAAAAGUGAAAUAUGGUUGUUGAAGAAGAAUAGAGAUAAUUAUAAUGACUUGAGAUGGAGAAAAGAGUUUAGUUUAGAAGACGUCAAUAUAUUACGACAUUCAUCGCCAUUUGGGUUUACAAAGAGUGGUAGGCUUCUAUGUUAUGAGCAUCACACACUUUAUGGUUAUGAUCCAGAAGCAUCAUCUGCCAAAAUGGAUGUGAAUUUUGGCAAGACUAUUACUGCUUCCAUCCCUCACAGGAAUACUUUAGUUUCAUUAAACGUAUUAGGAGAAAAAGAUGCAAAAAUAAUGGAAUCUGGUGAAACAACAAGUUCAAGUGAGGAGGCAGAAAACAGUGAUAAACUGAAGAAGCCGCAAAAUGAAGCAAUAGAUCUCUAG